AUGGACGAGUCCAUGCUUGUCCACGAUGAGCUUGGAGAACACAACACUAUUAUUGCCAAUUCCCCUGGUGUUGAUAAAACAGGUAUCUAUGUAGAUCUUGUGGAACAUUUUGGAAUUGUUUGCGAGGAUUCGAAAUGGAUUAUCACCAAAUAUCCAUACGGCUACCUUUAUGAAAAUGAAAAUAUGGAUUCAAUUCAUGUUGACAGUUCCGAACUUUCAUGCAAAACUUACAAAACUGAGAUCAAACGAUUCUACUGGUAA